AAUGAUAAUUAAGAACAAUUAUAAUGAAGCAGUCGUAAUAAAGUAUUCAAUAAAAAAACAAAAAGUUAAUGAGCAAGAAAAGAAACUCUCUUCUGUCCUUUUGAAAGACCUUUCCUACUCUACUUUCCUUCAUUUCAUUUGUCCUCUGAAUUAAUUUUCGCAGCAUCUUCCGUGUUGUCUCUCUUUGCCCUCUCAUUUUGGUUUUGUUUUGCUCCACUUCUCAAAACAAACAGUUUGAUACUUUCUAUUAUACACCGUUAAUUUUCGUUGUAGUCAUUCUCUUGUUAGUUUGGUUUUGCUUUGCUCCGGUUCUUUUAAUAAAUACCAAAAAAAAAAAAAAAAAGAGUGAUGUAUUUUUAGCUCGUCACCGCUGCUCUUAGUUACUAUAGCGACUAUCCUUGAUCUGCUAAGCCAAAGGAGUAGAAGAGAAAACUGCUAAAAUUGUAGUGUGAAGGAGAGUGGUACUUCUUUUAUUUUUGUUACCUUUAUUUUGUCCUUGCUUGAUCUUCUUCGCUUAUGCUAUCCAUUCAUUCCUCUUUUUGUUACAGUUUGUUUCUCUGAUUUAUGUUUUUGUUAUAUAAAUUUUAAUUUUAAUUUGCUCUACUUAUCAAGACUUGUAACAAAGGGAAAAGAAGAAAGUAUCAUCAACUAUUUAGUUUACUGAUACUCAGCAGAAAGACUGUCCGAGUGGAAAAGAAGCUGCUCUUGAAAACAAGCGAGAAGAUCUCUUCUUCAUUCUAGAGAAAUCACGGGCCACAUAGUCGAACACCUCCAUCAUAUCUGCAUCUGAACAGAUAUGAGAUAGGUAAACCCCAGUGUCACCCACCACAGCUUUCAGCUUUCCUUUGCAUCGCACUCACAGCCCACACGCAGACAAUAGAAGACCAAUUAUCUUCAUAUUAAUAUUUCAAGACAGAGAGGACAACAGCCCAACCCAGAAACCAAAAAAAGCAUACCAAUCAGAAGCGAAAAAUGGAGAUUCUUACGGCGUCCUUUCAAGUGAUCUUUGAAAAAAUUGUGGAUUACACAAUUGGAGCAGUCGGGCGUCAGAUGGGUUAUCUGAUUUGCUACAAAAAAAAUGUUGACAAUCUCAGGAGCGAGGUUGUAGAUCUCAAAGUUGCUAAAAAUAGUGUGCAACAAAAGGUCGAAGCUGCUCAAAAGAACGUAGAAGAAAUUGAAGAUGAGGUCCAGGGGUGGCUAACAAGUGUUGAGGAGAUCACUAUAAAGGCACAAAAAUUCUUUGAAGAGGAAGGCCAAGUAAAGUUGAAGUGUUGCAAUGGGCGCUGUUUUAAUUUGAAGACUCGUUAUCAGCUUGGCAGAAGAGCGCACAAGUUGGAAUUGGCCGUUAAGGAUAUCAAGGGUAAGGGCACGUUCAAGACAGUUGGCCAUCGUGUCCCUAUACCAGGAGGUACUUCAAUUUCUACUAAAGGUUAUGAAGACUUUGAAUCAAGAAAGUUAAUUUUCGAUGGGGUGAUGAAGGCUCUAACAGAUGAUAAUAUCCGUGCCAUUGGAGUUUGUGGGAUGGGCGGCUUGGGCAAGACCAUGCUUGUUGGAAAAAUUGCUAAACAAGCCAUAGAAGACAAGUUAUUUGAAAGGGUCGUUACAGUAGUUGUAUCCCAAACUCCAAACUUGAAACAAAUUCAAAAAGACAUUGCAAAAGAAUUAGAGUUGAAGUUUCAGGAUGAGGACACUGAUUUUCAAAAAGCACAUUUGCUAUGUGAGCGGUUGAAGAAAGAGAAGAUUCUUUUGAUUAUGGAUGAUAUUUGGAAUAAGAUUGACUUGGAGGCUCAUGGAAUUUCGUUUGGGGAUGAUCACAAAGGAAGCAAACUAUUGCUGACGUCUAGAUUUCGAGAUGUAUUAGGCACGGAUAUGGAUGCUCAGGAGAUAUUCUCUGUUGGAGUUUUAUCAAAUGAUGAAGCAAAAUACUUGUUUUCAAAGAUAGUGGGUGAUUUAGCUGAAAACUUGAAUUUCCAAUCUACCAUGGUUGAGCUUGUCAAAGAAUGUGCCGGCUUACCGAUUGCCAUUACAACAGUUGCGAAUGCACUGAAAAAUCAAAAGAAACCGAAUGUUUGGAAGGAUGCCUUGCGACAGUUAAAAAGGGCAAAUCCAACGCAUAUCAAAGGAAUGCAUGACAAGGUAUACCAAGGUAUAAAGUUGAGCUAUAAUUUUUUACCUAAGGAAGCGCAAUCGUUAUUCUUGUUUUGCAGUUUAUUUGAAGAAGAUAUGGUCAUACCAAUAGCUUUGUUAUGGAGAAUUUUGGUGGGUUUGGAUUUCUUUCAAGAUGUUUAUACAAUGGAAGAAGUGAGAAACAUGGUCCACACAUUGGUUGAAAGUCUAAAAGAUUCUUGCUUGUUGUUGGAAGGUGAUGGUAGUGGUACAUUUAAAAUGCAUGACGUCAUUCGUGAUGUUGCAAUUUAUAUUGCAGACAAAGAUAAGGAAAUGUUAACCAUAAGAAGUUCCAAUGAUUCGGAAAAAUGGUCAAAUAUGAAAAACUUGAAAGAUUCCAUUGGGAUUGCACUUUUCGAUGUUAAGUUUAGUGAUCUUCCUAAAAGGUUGGAAUGUCCACAACUUAACUUCAUUUUGUUGGGUGAUAAAGGCAAUUCUUCGGCAAUCCCUAAUCACUUUUUUGAAGGGACGAAAGAGCUCAAAGUUUUAGUUUUGUUUGAAGCCUGCCUUUCACUUCCUUCAUCCCUUUCAUGUCUUCACAACCUCCAAUCAUUGGUUUUGAAUAAGUGUGAGUUAGAAGAUGUGGCUAUAAUAGGAGAAUUAAAGAAUUUGAAAGCUCUUAUCCUAUCAGGGUCCAACAUCAAACGGUUGCCUAUUGAAAUUGGUCAAUUGACUUACCUUCAAUUGUUGGAUUUGAAAAGAUGCACUGAACUUGAAGUUAUUCCACCCAGUGUAUUGUCAAACCUUAAAAGGUUAGAAGAAUUAUAUAUGAAGAGUAGUUUCAAUCAAUGGCAGGUUGAUGGAGAAAGCACAGAAAGAAACAAUGCUAGGGUCUCAGAGCUGGAUCAUUUGUCACUCUUGACCACAUUAUGUAUACAUAUUCCUAAUGCUAAGAUUCUACCUAAAGCCUUGCUUUUUGAGAAAUUGGAAAGAUAUGAAAUAUUAAUAGGCAAUGAUUGGAAAUGGGAUAGGGAAAGUGAUAGUGUUGAUGAGUUUAAAUUCUCAAAAAUGAUGAAACUUGAACUUGAUAGAAGAUUUCAAGCAGAGGAUGGGAUUAUAAUUUUAUUGAAAAGGUGUGAAUAUCUUGAUCUGGCUCCUAAGGAUGGUAUUAAAAAUAUUAUUUACGAAGUUGACAAGGAAGGUUUUCCACAAUUGAAGCAUCUUUAUGUUCGAAACAGCGCUGAGAUUCAAUACAUCAUUAACUUGAUGGGGGUUCAAUGUGUUGUCUUUCCUCUCUUGGAGUUUCUUUCUCUAGAUAAUAUGAUAAAUUUGGAAAAGAUAUGCCAUGACCAUGACCAACUUGCAAUGGGUUCUUUCCACAGCUUGAAAAAGUUAGAAGUGAGCAAUUGUGAUGGGUUGAUAUUUGUCUUUUCCCUAACCAUUCUUGGAUGCUUUUCGCAACUUCAAGAAAUAGUGAUCGAGAAUUGCAAGGUAAUGCGUGCAAUUGUUGCAAAGGAAAGAAAACAUGAGAUUCAAGUUGACAACAUCACUGACGACAUCAAAACAAAUACAAUGGACUUCUCUCAAUUGCGUUCUUUGACCCUACGAAAUUUACCAAAUUUGAUGGGUUUCUAUUCUGAUGUUGAUUCUCAACUACUUUUCAACGAAAAGGUAGCAUUUUCUAACUUGGAGAAAAUAUACAUUGAAGGCUUAGAUAACCUGAAGAUGUUGUGGCACAACCAAGUCGAUCCAGAUUCUUUUUGCAAACUACAAAUAUUGCAUGUUUACAAUUGUGAAAAUCUAAUGAACAUUUUUCCGCCUAAUAUGUUGAGAAGACUCCAGAAUCUCAAAAACUUGCGGAAAAGUGGUUGCAAUUAUGUAGAAGAGGUAUUUGAGGUUAGAGGGGCAAAUGUUGAUGAAAUAUGUGAUAAGGGAUCCACUCAGUUAAGAAACUUGACUUUAAUCAAUUUACCGAAACUCAAGCAUGUAUGGACUUCAGAUCUUGAAGCAAUUUUAACAUUUCAAAAUCUGCAUCGAGUUCAAGUUUUUCAAUGUAAAACUUUGAAAAGUCUUUUUCCACUCUCGGUGGCCAAAAGUCUUAAACAACUUGAGAGUCUAACUAUAUAUGAUUGUGGAUUAAUGGAGGAAAUCGUUGCUUUGGAAGAAGGAUUGGAAACAAUGACUAAGUUUGUGUUCCCACGAAUAAACUUUCUAAGUCUUGAAUUGCUGCCUAAACUCAAGUGUUUCUAUCCCGGAAAGCACACUUCAGAGUGGCCAUCGCUGAAAAUUUUGACAAUACGCAAAUGCAACAAAGUGAAGACUGUUGCUUUGAAUGAAUUGAGCUUCCCAAACACAAAUGAGUUGGGCCAUCAUGUUUCGAUUCAGCAGCCCCUAUUUCUUAUUGAAAAGGAUACAUUCCCUAACUUGAAAGAAUUGGAUUUGGAUUGGAAUGAAACCAUGAAUCAGACAAAUGGUCGACUUUUUGGAGAGUUCUUUUGCAAACUAGAAGUUCUCAGCUUGUACGGCAAAGACGAUAAAUUGAUAGCAGUCCCUUCGGUAUUUGUUGAAGGAUUACGCUAUCUUAAGUCUCUUUCUGUCACUAAUCUUUUCUUCGAUAACGAAGGACAAUAUGCUGGGACGUUUGAACGUUUGACAGAGUUGUAUCUAUAUAAAAUGCCCAAGUUGAUGCUUUUGUGGAAGGAAAACUCUGAACAAGGUAGGGCAUUUCAAAAUUUGGAGAUUCUGAAAGUAUCAGAAUGCGGUAGAUUAAAAAAUUUAUUUCCAUCCUCAAUGCAUUUCCGAAAUUUAAACAUUUUGAGAGUAUGGAAAUGUCAUGGGUUGAUUAGUUUAGCAACUUCCUCAACAGUCAAAAGUUUGGUCCAACUCAAAGAAUUGGAUUUAUAUGGAUGCAAAAGAAUGUGAGAAAUAGUCAUAAACGAGGGAGAAGGUGAAGCAGGAGAUGAGAUUUGUUUCAAUCAAUUGAAUUCUUUGUACCUUGAUGAUUUACCCAGUUUGAGAAGCUUCCACUUGGGUAAUCGCACCAUCAAAUUCCCAUCACUGGGAGAUCUAACUGUGACCAGAUGCCCGGAAAUGAAGAUCUUCUCUAAUGGAGUCCUAAGCAUGCCGAAGCUAAAGAAAAUUGGACUGGACGAAAACGAAUGGUGGCCAAAGCAAAGAGAACUGUUACCAGAGGAAGAUGUGAAUGGCGCCAUAAAAAGAUUUUGGGAGGAAAACUAUGUUCCAUGCGUGCAACAAUUAUUCACUGAGAAGACUGAUGCAAGCCCAAGUGAGGCAGGAGAGAAAAAUGGUGUUGAUAACUUGGAGGAUGACUUAAAGGGAGAUUAAUCUUUUAAUUUAUUAAUGAUUCAAUUCUAGAACAUUAUAAAUAAUUUAUAUUGUAGUUGUUCAAAGUAGGUUCUAUAAGGUUCUAUUGUUGAACAUGUGAUGUAGUCUUUUUCUUUUUUGGGGGGUGUCAUAUAGACUUUAUUGGAUUGGACCAACAAGUUUGCCGGAAUGUAUUGGUGUGUUGUGUAUAAGCCAUAAGGUUGAGACUCAUGUAGACUCAUAGUAGCUUUGUCAUGGCGCUUUGGAGCUAAGACAAGGCUAUUAUAUAGUCCAAGAAAUCAUACAAAGUUUUAUUAGUGAAACUGGUUGUUUCGUAGACAAAUAAUGGAUUGUUUUAAUCAAGUAGUGCAUUUUGUACUCAUCUUUGC